AUGAGCAAAGGACCAAAUGCAUUUUUCACAAACCUAUUCGGGCGUAACUUGGCUCUUCUGGACCAUCUAACUCUAUUGCUAGGUGCUAAAUUUACAAUGUCGCUCUGGGUUGAUAAAUAUAGGCCACGCCUGCUUGACCAGUUGUCGUAUCAUCCAACAAUCACGCAAAAUUUAAAGGCAUUGGCCAGCACUGGGGACUUCCCUCAUUUGCUUGUUUACGGACCUACUGGUAGCGGGAAAAAGACUAGAAUCUACGCCACAUUACAUGAAUUGUUUGGUCCUGGAAUUGAAAAGUUGAAAAUCGAUGUGAAAACAUUCGUUACUUCCUCCAAUAGAAAAUUGGAAUUCAAUGUUUUGUCCUCGCCGUACCACCUUGAAAUCACUCCUUCUGAUAUGGGGAAUAAUGAUAGGGUCGUGAUCCAAGAUUUGUUGAAAGACGUUGCCUCCACGGAGCAAGUUGAUUUCACCAACCAGCAACAACAAAUAAAGGGCGCCAACGGAUCUUCAAGUGCUGCAGGGUCUAAACACAGGUUUAAAGUUGUUAUUAUCAAUGAAGCCGACUCUCUUUCUCGUGACGCUCAGGCUGCACUUAGAAGAACCAUGGAGAAAUAUUCUUCCAACAUUAGACUUAUCAUGAUCAGUAACACGACAUCCAACAUAAUAGCUCCGAUCAAGUCUAGAACGCUUUUGGUUAGAAUACCAGCGCCUUCCACGCAAGAGGUAUCAGCGGUAUUGUCCCACAUAGCUAAGAAGGAAGCGGUGAAAUUUAGCUCACCGAACGAGCCCGAAAUCAACCAAUUCCUAGAGGAUAUAGCACACAACUGUGAACGGAACUUGAGGAAGGCAAUGCUUUGCUUUGAAACCAUUCUGAUGCAGAAUGAGCUGAUUUCCUUAAACAGUAGUAACAGCAUCAUAAAGUUGGACUGGGAAGUAAUUAUAGAGCAGCUCAGUAAAUCAAUAUUGACCAACAGAACCGUGGCCAAUUUGGCCAAGGUUAGAGUUGUGUUCUACGAGUUGUUAUCACACUGUAUCCCUGCCCGAGUCAUCUUGAAGAAUCUCUUAUUCUGUUUGGUACAGGCGGUGGGGGUUAACAAGAGCAAGAUAGUGGGGGAGUUGGUUUCUGUUGGAUCGGUUUUCGAUGAGAGGUUGAGUCUAGGACAGAAGAGUAUCUUCCAUUUAGAGGGGUUUGCUGCUAAGCUGAUGGUUAUAUUGGAGAAGGCAAAGUAA